AUGAGUUAUAAAGAUGACAAAAAGGAAUCUGAAGAACGUGAGCGUGAUCAUAAAAACGAUGGAACAACACUGUACGUGUCAAAUUUAAGCUCAAAAAUAACAACAUCCAAACUGCAAGAUAUAUUUGAGGAAUAUGGAACAAUAGAAAAGUGCUACGUUAUCAGCAAUCCAAUCACCAGAGAAUCUCGAAACUUUGGAUUUGUCACUUUUAAUAAUCCUGAUGACGCGAAUAAUGCUAUGAAUAAAGCAAACAAAAUGGAUAUAGAAGGAAGAAUUAUUAACGUAGAGAUAGCCAAACGAAAUGAACCUCAUGAUCCAACACCAGGAGAGUACAAAGGAAUUCAAAAUAUGAUUAAUAGAAACGGAAUGAGGUACGAUUUUUAUGGAAGAAGAUACGACAGACCAUUUGAUAGAAGAAGAUAUGAUUCAAGAAGGCCAUAUCCAUACUACCGAGAUCACGGGAAAAACUUUGGAUAUUAUCGAAAUAAUCCAUACCGACAUUAUGAUAGAUAUGGAAGAAAUGCAUAUGAUGACCACAGGCAUUAUGAUCGAAGGUCCAUAGAUGACAAGUACUAUAAGAAGAAUGAUUAUUACAAACGAAAUUUAAGAAGUAGUGAUAAUGAAAGAGAUUAUUCUAGGGAUAAUAGUAAAAGAAGGAAAAGAUAUGAACAAAGUAGAAAAUCGUCAAGUAUUUCGAAUAGUGAAAAGAGACACUACAAGAACAAUUCCCCAGUUGAAAGAAGCCCACAUUACAGAAGAAAGUAA